AGCAGAAGUCGAGCCAAUGCCUGGGGCGGAGCCGAGGGCAGGCCUCGUUGAUUGGCAGGGGGCGGAUCUUCGAGGCAGGUCUUUAAGAAGGGAGGAGGAGGCGGAGGAGGGAAAGUCGAGAAAAGACCGAAAGGAGGCGGAGUAGAGAAGCAUUCACAUACGCACACACACGACCCGGCGGAAAAAAAGAAAAGAAAGAAAGCGGGCGGGCAGACAGCUCGUAGCCGGCUCCGCCGCCAGGCGCUUUGCUUUCGCUGCGUUUCAUUCAAAGCCCAGCGCGGCCCCCGCCGCCCCAGCUCGGCUCGGAUCCCGGCCAUGGCCAAAGGCGAGGGCGCAGAGAGCGGCUCGGCCACCGGGCUGCUAUCCCCGGGCAUCCUCCGGGGCGAGGAGACCCGUCGGACUCAGAAAGGUGGGAAGAAACAACUGACCAUCUGCAGUAAGCUCUGCUAUGCUGUGGGGGGUGCUCCCUACCAGAUCACUGGCUGUGCCCUGGGCUUCUUCCUUCAGAUCUACCUGCUGGAUGUAGCUCAGGUGGACCCCUUCUCUGCUUCCAUCAUUCUGUUUGUGGGCCGUGCCUGGGAUGCCAUCACUGACCCCUUGGUAGGAUUUUGCAUCAGCAAAUCUUCCUGGAGCCGUUUGGGACGUCUGAUGCCCUGGAUAAUCUUUUCCACGCCACUGGCUGUGAUCGCCUAUUUUCUCAUCUGGUUCGUUCCUGACUUUUCCAGGAACCAGGCUUUGUGGUACCUGGUCUUCUAUUGCCUGUUUGAGACACUGGUAACAUGUUUCCAUGUUCCAUACUCGGCCCUCACCAUGUUCAUCAGCACAGAACAGAGCGAACGUGAUUCAGCCACAGCAUACCGGAUGACUGUAGAAGUGCUGGGCACAGUGCUGGGCACUGCCAUUCAAGGGCAAAUUGUGGGCAAAGUGGACACUCCCUGUAUUCAAGAUCCUGACAUACUUGUGGAGGAGGUGAAUCAGACACAUGAUACCAGCUCUCUGAAUGAUACGAAGAAUGCCUACAUGCUGGCUGCCGGAGUCAUCGCAUCCAUCUACGUUCUCUGUGCGGUCAUCUUGUCUCUGGGUGUGCAGGAGCACAGAGAGCCCUGUGAGAAGAAGGAGCAGCCGCCUUCUUUUUUCCGAGGGCUCCGACUGGUCAUGAACCAUGGCCCUUAUAUUAAACUCAUUGCUGGCUUCUUAUUCACCUCUCUAGCUUUCAUGCUGGUAGAAGGAAACUUUGCUUUGUUCUGCACCUAUACCCUGGGCUUCCGGAAUGAGUUUCAGAAUCUGCUCCUGGCCAUCAUGCUCUCAGCCACACUUACCAUCCCCAUUUGGCAGUGGUUCUUGACUCGGUUUGGCAAGAAGAUGGCCGUGUAUGUGGGGAUCUCGUCAGCUGUCCCCUUCCUCAUCUUGGUUGCCCUGAUGGAGAGUAACCUGAUUGUCACCUACGUGGUGGCCGUGGCUGCUGGGGUCAGUGUGGCCGCUGCCUUCCUCCUGCCUUGGUCUAUGCUGCCCGAUGUGAUUGAUGACUUCCAUCUAAAGCAGCCCAACGCCAGGGGACAUGAACCCAUCUUCUUUUCUUUCUACGUCUUCUUCACCAAAUUUGCCUCCGGUGUCUCCCUGGGCAUCUCUACUCUCAGCCUAGACUUUGCAGGUUAUUUGACAAGGGGCUGCUCCCAGCCCGAAGCGGUCAAGUUCACUCUGAAGAUUCUGGUGACUGUUGUCCCCAUCGGCCUCAUCCUUUUGGGUCUGUUUGUCUUCAAACUGUAUCCUAUUGAUGAAGAAAAACGUCGGGAAAACAAGAAAGCCCUGCAAGUGAUCAGGGAAGAAGCAGGAAGCUCGGGCUCUGACACGGACUCUACAGAACUGGCCAGCAUCCUCUAGGAACAUGUGAUACCACCUGGAGGCCCACCCCCUGCUCCUUGGGGUCUAUUGAGGAGCUCUACCAGCCCAGGUCAAGGGCAAUAAACUCAGGGCUGAAAAUCAUGCCCACCUGUACCCAGGCCACCCUAGGGAGCCAUCUGGUCUCUAGGUCCCCAGGGGGCCUCUAAAAGAUGAGGAGUGAACACUGCAGAGACUACUGAAGCACUUGCUGCUCACCAGCACUCCCCAAAAUGGGCUCUCUUUCCAAAGGAAACUGGCCCCCAACUAGACUGACCAGCCCCAAUGGGGCUGUGACUGCAACUACCCAGAGACUGAUCCUGCUCCAGGAUCCCAGACACUAAUGUAGAAAGAAGUUUUUAUAAAGAACCUAAUUAAUAACUUAAUGACUGUGUACAUAUGAAAUGUUCUCCUGUUUUGUAUAUGUCUGAAAAACUAGGUGCCACAGUGCUAUUAAUAUUAUUAAUUUACAUAAAAAAGUUGGAUAAAUGGUAA